AUGGGUCGUGUCCGUACGAAAACCGUCAAGAAGUCCGCCAAGGUCAUCAUUGAGCGAUACUAUCCAAAACUCACCCUCGACUUCGAGACCAACAAGAGAAUUUGCGAUGAAAUCGCAAUCAUUGCUUCUAAGAGAUUACGAAACAAGAUUGCCGGCUUCACCACACAUCUGAUGAAGCGUAUCCAGAGAGGGCCUGUCCGUGGUAUCUCCUUCAAGCUGCAGGAAGAGGAACGUGAAAGGAAGGAUCAAUACGUUCCAGAGGUUUCGGCACUCGACUUCAGCCAGACCGACAAUGGCCAGUUGGAUGUUGAUGCUGAUACUAAGGAUCUGUUGAAGACCUUGGGCUACGAUGACAACUCCCGAAUCAACGUCAUCAGUGUCACCCAGCAACAGCAGGAUAACAGGCCAUUCAGAGGCAACAGGGGCCCACGCAAUCACUAG